AUGCAGCAGCGCGCCACGCUCGCCCUGCUGCUCUGCGCGCUGGUGGGCGGGGCGGCCGCCACCAAGGGGCCACUCAUCUCGGGCAUCCGCGAGGCCAAGCAGGCAGCCAUCUCCGGCAUCCGCGAGCACCACGAGGCCAAGAUCUCCGGCCUGCGCACCAAGUUCUUCUCCAAGCACGCCUGGCUGGUGCCCGAGGCGCCCGCGGGGUCCGGCGCGCCCGGCACCACCCUCACCCCCACCGUCACCCCCGCUGAGUGCCUGAGCGCCGCCGGCCUGGCCCCCGCCCUGUCCGACCGCAGCCUGCAGGCCACCGUGUUUGCCCCCACUGACGAGGCCUUUGCCACCGCCCUGGAGGCACUGGACGUCACCCCCGCCCAGCUGCUGGCACAGCCCGAGCUGCUGCAGGCGAUCCUCAAGUACCACGUUGUGCCCGGCCAGGCCCUCACCUCCUCCCAGCUCAAGACCGCCCAGGAGCUGCCCACCCUGCUGGCCGCUGACCUGGAGGCCGCCGCCGAGGCGGAGCCCACCGCCUCCUGGAUGCACAAGGGCAAAGAGGCUGAGGAGGAGCCCGAGGACGGCGUGCUGAGCAUCGCCAUCCAGCAGGUGUACGGCCUGCACCCCAAGUCUGCCAGCCGCCGCAUCAACGUGGUGGGCUCCCUGUCCAGCGCCGAGGUGGUGGUGCCCGACAUCAACGCCGGCUGCCCCGCUGUGGUGCACGUGAUCGACAACGUGCUGCUGCCAGACCUGGCUGAGGAGGAGGCGGAGGUGGAGGUGGAGGGGCAGGAGGCCAGCGGCAUGUUUGGCAGCCUGCUCAAGCUGUGGGGCGGCAUGUAG